CGGAGCGGCGGGGAGGAUGGUGCCGAGCGGCCCCAGGCCCGCCGCUCGCCGCCGCGCGUGAGGUCGGAGCGGCCGCGGGCGUCCGCCGAGCAGCUGGCCGGGCCGGGCCCGGGGCGCGCCGCUCUCCGCCGGCGCGAGGUGGACGAUCAGAAUAAUGUUCAACAUCAACCCCCUGGAGAACCUGAAGCUGUACAUCAGCAGUCGGCCGCCCCUGGUGGUCUUUAUGAUUAGUGUAAGCGCCAUGGCAAUAGCUUUCCUGACCUUGGGCUAUUUCUUCAAAAUCAAGGAGAUUAAGUCACCGGGAAUGGCAGAGGAUUGGAAUACUUUUCUGCUGCGAUUUAAUGAUUUGGACUUAUGUGUAUCAGAGAAUGAAACAUUAAAGCAUCUCACAAAUGACACUACAACUCCGGAAAGCACAAUGACCAGUGGGCAGGCCAGAGUGUCCACCCAGGCCCCACAGGCACUGGAGGAUUCAGGCCCUGUUAACAUCUCCGUUGCAAUCACCCUUACCCUGGACCCACUCAAACCCUUUGGAGGGUACUCUCGCAAUGUCACCCAUCUGUACUCGACCAUCUUAGGGCAUCAGAUUGGACUUUCAGGCAGGGAAGCCCACGAAGAGAUAAACAUUACCUUUACCCUGCCAGCAGCUUGGAGUUCGGAUGACUGUGCCCUUCACAGUCACUGUGAGCAGGUGGUGUUCACAGCCUGCAUGACGCUCACAGCCAACCCUGGUGUGUUCCCCGUCACAGUACAGCCGCCGCACUGUGUUCCGGACACAUACAGCAAUGCCACGCUCUGGUACAAGAUCUUCAUGACUGCUAGAGACGCCAACACAAAAUAUGCUCAAGAUUAUAAUCCUUUCUGGUGUUAUAAGGGGGCAAUUGGAAAAGUCUAUCACACUUUAAAUCCCAAGCUUACAGUUGUUGUUCCAGAUGAUGACCGUUCAUUAAUAAAUUUGCAUCUCAUGCACACCAGUUACUUCCUCUUCGUGAUGGUGAUAACAAUGUUUUGCUAUGCGGUUAUCAAGGGCAGACCUAGCAAAUUGCGUCAGAGCAGUCCUGAAUUUUGUCCUGAGAAGGUUGCUUUGGCUGAUGCCUAAUUCCACAACUGCCCAUUUUCUGAGAGAGACUGAGCAAACUGUAAGCAUUGCCUGCUGACGCCAGCCUGGGCCUGGACACUCUGUGAAUACAUUCUCUUGCAAUGUUGGGUUAUUCCAGCCAAAGACAUUUCAAGUGCCUGUAACUGAUUUGUAUAUAUUUAUAAAAAUCUAUUCAGAAAUUGGUCCAAUGAUGCACGUGCUUCACACUUGGUGCAGUCCGAGCCCCGCAGCCUCCCCUGUGGACUUGGUGGGAUGACCCACGUAGCGCCAGCGGCGAGCUCCCUGCCUCAGAGAGGCCAUGCCGUCUUUACCAAGAUCUCAGGGGCAGUUCAUUGCUGGAGGGUUGAGGUUUGCUUUGAUUUGAAACAGUCUGCACCUUUGACAUGAUACUGCAUUUCCCAAGCCACCAAUCCAUUUUGUGGAUUUUACGUGUCUGUGGCUUAAUAAUCAUAGUACCAACAAUAAUACCCCUUUCUCUGUUUUGCUUGCAAGGAAACACAUAUCUUUCUAAAUUUUCUUUUUUUCUUUAAAAAAAAUAGUCACAUUUUAAUACUACUCUAGGUAAGACAAACUUGUUUCUUUCAAAAUCUUGAGUAAAAUGUUCAAUAUUUAAAAGUCACCUAACAUGGUAAAGAUCUAAGUUUAGUUUCCCACAGGAGUUGUGAGGAACCUGGUCUUGUGGAGUUUAGUUGGCACAGCAAGUUCCACUGUCUUUUUCCCCUCUGUUGUCGCUUCCCUUCAUUAUAAAAAUUAAAGUAGCUUCGUCACUCAAAAGGGCUUAAAAAACCCUGGCUGGUUUUCUCAGUGGUUAGAGCAUUGGUCCGCGCACAGAAGGGUGGCAGCUUCAAUUUCCAGUUAAGGGCACAUACCUGGAUUGCAGGUUCGAUCCCUGGCCCUGGUUGGGACAUGUGCAGGAAGCAACCAAACGAUUUGUCUCUCUCACAUCUAUGUUUCUCUCUCUCCCUCUCUUAUCCUUUCUUCCACUCUCUUUGGAAAUCAAUGGAAAAAAAUAUCCUUGGGUGAGGAUUUAAAAUAAAAAAAAGGGCUUAAAAAUUAAGUAAAUGUCUCUAGAGUAGAGUAAAAAUUAGCUGCUCUAUUUUUUAGAAUGCAGAUGAUACUAUGGAAAGAGAAUGAUGAUUUGGUCUAAUAGUAAUGAAAGGAUUUCUUGUUUUCUUUGAAAAGGGAGUGGUAUUUCUUUCUUCCUUCAUUUAUUUAUUUAUUUAUACAUUUAUUUCUAUGCAGUUAACGUAUCUUCAGAAGGAAAAUGGCAACUAGUAGAUUACUAACUUUACAAAAAUGAUGCCUGUGAAAUCUGAAUGAAAGCAGUUCUGAUUUGCCAUUUAUCAGGAAAACCCAAAGCAUUUUUCUUUGCUAUAACAUUCUGAUGAUCUGGUUCCUUUACCCCUUUUUCCUUCUAAUCCAUUUUCAUUAAAAAAAAAAGUUACGUAUUAUCUUUUCUAGUCCUCUUUUGUUACUUGUAUUCCGUUUUUUUUUCUUUUUCUUUUUUUCCCUUCACUGUAAUUAAUGACUUCUGUGUUCUUGCAAGCAGUGCUGUAGCAAAAGGGCAAGUAAAACCUUGGGCAUGACUUAGUACUUCUUCCCUUAAUUCCAGGCCUGCACAGUCUGUUCUGAAUUAAAAUCAGCCCUGCAGUCUGGAAUAUAGAUUGGCCUGGAACAUUUUAAACCAGGCAUUCUUGAAUGGAAAACAAUUGUGGGCUUUUACUAAAGAUUGUUAAAAUAAUUAUUAAAAUAUGUUAAUAUAUAUUUGUUCCAUUUAGUACAUUUUAAGCACAAUAAUCAGACUUGCCUAUCCAGUUAUUUGUAUGAUAUGAGUUGCUUCCAUGAUGCAUGGCUAACUUGUUAGUUUAGUUUUCUGUUUGGAGACUUUGAGGAUCUUAAGAAAUAAGAUUGUGAAAGCCUUUGGGCUUGGCCUUUAGAAACAUCACUAUCUUUAAGAUUUUAGGUUAAGCUGCUACUGAAUUAAUAAAAUCCCAGUGAAUGGAGUACUAGGGAUAGAUUUAUAACUGUCAGAGUAAUAUAAAAGGAGACAGACAGGUGGAAAAAGUCAAUUUCACUGGUUUAUUCAAUAUAACUUGUUGCUAAUAUUAAUUGCCCUUAUUUUAAUUACAGGGAAUGGCUGGAAUCUUUAGCCAGGGGAGGAAAAACACUGUUAGGAGUGAGGAAAGGAAGUGCCAAAAAUGCCCGGACAGUAUGACUUGUCGUGAGGCGUGGACACACACUUUAAAAUCCGGCCUUUACCCUAGAAGGCAAAUCUCAAAGGUCUUGUGGAAACCCAGAGUCAGUCAGUUAUAUAGAGAAAGGCUGGGGCGGAGGAGGGAGGCUAUGUACCUGCUGGGUAAAGAGGCCUCCUAACUGAAGAGACUUCCACUAGGAAGUCCAGGGGACCUGUUGCUGUGGGGCACUUGCAGACAAGGCCUCUGCAGUGUCUUGUUGGGGGCUCCAGGAUUCCAAGAGUGCCCCAGGCAGGGCCCGUUUGCCAUUCAGGGUGACCUCACCCAGGAGCACUGGCUCGUCCUCAGGCAUCUGGGACUGGAGGUCCAAUGAAAGGUCAGCAACUUACUAUUAAAGUGGUUGUUUCAGAUCAUAUUGAUCUCUUUUCUUUUUCCUUUUGUCCUUUCACUGUAUGACUUGAAUCAGUUUUGAUUCUAUUUGUAAAUUUUUCUCAUCAUUAGGAACCUGCCAUUUCUGUUGCAUUUUCUUUGGCAGUCUGUAGGGAUUCAGCAUCCUGGUUUUCAGCCCUCCUGCAGGCACUGUAGGGUCACAGGGGCCACUGGAUCCAUUUCACUUCUCUUGUUGCAUGAUGGUCAGUAGCUGAUGUUAUGGCAUUCACUCCCAGAUUAAUUUUUCAUGUUUGAAAUGUGUGCAUAUGUGCUUUACCGAAUAAAACAUCUGAAUUUA